GGCCCUGACUGAUUAGUUAGCGAUAAUCACUGUAGUUAUGUAAAUGGAAAUAUACUGACUCCGUGUUCAUUUGGAGUGCAGUUUGCAAGGACCUCAGCUGCACCUUUGUUUCUUGGAAUUAGUAAUAAGACCCGACUUUGUUUGUGCCAUAACUAACAAAUUAAGAAGUGGUUUUAAAGGAAAUUUAGUUCGAGUGAGUCGCCCUUCGCCUAAAAUGCCAGCUAACGUUACUCGAGACCGCUGGAGACUUGCUACCACUACUUGUAUUACAGGGAUGCCCAAGGAAAAAUAUGACCCGCCUGACCCGAGGCGGAUGUACACUAUAAUGUCCAGUGAGGAGGCGGCCAAUGGGAAGAAGUCAUAUUGGGCAGAGCUGGAGAUUGUUGGAAAGGUGAGGAGUUUAAGUUCAUCAUUAUGGUCCCUUACCCACCUCACUGCGCUUCACAUCAGUGAUAACUCACUUUCACGAAUCCCGCCCGACAUUGCCAAACUACACAACUUGGUGUAUCUGGACCUCUCGUCCAAUAAGAUCAGGAGCCUGCCCGCCGAGCUAGGCAACUUGGUUAAUCUCAGGGAACUGCUUUUAAAUAACAACCAGUUACGAGUUCUGCCUUUUGAGCUUGGAAAACUCUUUCAGUUACAAACGUUAGGUUUGAAAGGAAACCCACUUGCACAAGAAAUCUUGAACCUCUACCAAGAGCCUGAUGGGACACGUCGGCUCCUAAACUACCUGCUGGACAAUCUCGCAGGCACCAAACGUGUACCUAUAGAACAUCCACCACCACGUUCAUGGAUACCACUGCAGGAGCAUGACAGAACACGGCCAGCAGCACUUUUCUCUGUAAUGUGCUACAACGUGCUGUGUGACAAGUACGCCACACGCCAGCUCUAUGGCUACUGUCCCCCCUGGGCCCUCAACUGGGACUACAGGAAGAAGUCCAUCAUGCAGGAGAUUCUCAGCUGCAGUGCGGAUAUCAUCAGCCUACAGGAAGUGGAAACAGAGCAGUACUACAACUAUUUCCUGGUGGAGCUGAAGGAACAAGGUUAUGAAGGAUUCUUCAGUCCAAAGUCCCGAGCCAGGACCAUGUCUGAAUCUGACCGCAAACAUGUGGAUGGCUGCGCAGUCUUCUAUAAAACAGAGAAGUUCAGUCUGGUGCAGAAACACACAGUGGAGUUCAACCAGCUGGCUAUGGCAAAUUCAGAAGGUUCAGAGGCCAUGUUGAACAGGGUGAUGACAAAGGACAACAUCGGAGUCGCCGUACUACUAGAGCUGCGGAAGGAGAUCAUGGAACAGUCUGCUGGAAAGCCUCUGCAUGGCAUGGAGAAACAGCUCCUUCUUGUGGCCAAUGCUCACAUGCACUGGGACCCAGAGUACUCAGAUGUUAAGCUUGUCCAAACCAUGAUGUUUCUGUCUGAAGUGAAGAACAUUGUGGAUAAAGCCACUCGCAGUCUCAAGCUCUCCUCCAUCUCAGGGGAAACCAAUGCCAUCCCUCUCGUCCUGUGUGCUGACCUCAACUCUCUACCUGACUCUGGUGUGGUGGAGUACCUGAGCACAGGUGGUGUGGACAGCACCCACAAGGACUUCAGAGAGCUGCGAUAUAUUGACAGCUUGACCAACUUCAACUGCAACGGCAAGAACGGCACCUCCAGCACCAGGAUCACGCACGGCUUCAAGCUGAAGAGUGCCUAUGAGAACAGCCUGAUGCCUUACACCAACUACACAUUGGACUUUAAGGGCAUCAUUGACUACAUCUUCUACUCUACACCUUUGCUUAAUGUGCUGGGUGUGCUGGGUCCCUUGGACCCCCACUGGCUCCACGAGAACAAUGUCACUGGCUGUCCCCAUCCCCACAUCCCCUCUGAUCACUUCUCCCUGUUUGCACAACUGGAGCUGCUCCUGCCCUUUCUGCCUGCUGUCAACGGCAUUCAUCUGCCUGGUCGCAGGUAGUUCUCAGAGCCAGCAGAGGGAGCUCCAGGCCCCUGCCUUUCUCUCUCAUAGUGGAGUGAGAACGAGGCAAGGCCUGUUGUGUAUAAAUCAGAAUCCAUUAAGAGGAGAUGGAGUGUGGCAAACUUUUAUUCCCACAGAUUUUAACUGAAGCAGAUGCUAAUGUCAGUCUUAUCUCUACCACCUCCCUCACACUUUUUUUUUUUUUUUCUUUUUGUUUUUCCUUUUCUACCCUCCGUUUCUGGGCACAAUUAACAAUCUGUUCUUUUUUUUUUUCAAACCCCUAAGGCCCCUGAGUGAUCAUGUAAGUUUUACCUUAAACAGGAAAAAAAAGCUUUUUUAUAUAUAAAUAACUGAAUGGCAAUAUCUUUGAAACUCAUGCAGGGAGUCCAGAUAAAGCAGGUGAUCAUGAAAUGCGUAAUUUGGAUCAUGCUACUAUGAAGCCAGUUUAGAGCAAGCAGCUGAAUUUGAUGAAUAAAAAAAAAAAAAAAAAACGAAUUUCACCAGCUUGGGUCAGAUAGUCCGAUCUCCAGGAGCAACCCUUUAAAAAAGGGCUUUUUAACGUGUAAAGAGAGCUGGCCGAACUCUUACAUUUGCACUUAGUGGUGCUGAGGCCUCUCCACGGAUGCUCGAGCUGUUCUCCAGUGAUGGGUUGCAUGGCCCGCCAUCACCACCUAGCGGGCCUUGUCCAUCUUGUAAUUAAAUCCAUUGGAUGCCAGUGCAACUGCACCUUUUUUUAUUCCUGCUUUUAAGAAAGCAACAUUUCAAGAGCCAAAAUGGCCGACUUAUGGAGUUGUCUAGCUUCAUGUGCCAUAGAGCCCUCCUUGAACUGAGGUGCCCACUGAUCUGGUGCGUGCAGCUGAGAAAGGGUUUCAGCGACGAGAAAUCAUCUGGAAUGGCCAGCUUUGUGUUAGUGUAUGCAGGAAGUUUGGCAGGAAAUAUGCUAGAACAGGCAAAGACGAGCACAUCCCACUCAUAGCCCGAUAAAUUAAACUCAAUGUGACCAGUAGACGCCCAGCCAAGACUCCAGGUUUUCUCCUUUUUUUUGUCUCUACAUGAUUGUAUACAAGCAACAAAAGUCCUGAUCUACUGCAAUUUUUUUUUUUUUUUUUUUUUUUUUUUUGUACGUACACUUUUAGAUUUGGAUGAAAAAUGAUUGUAAAUGCAGGCUAAAUUCCUAUCCGUUUUAGAUCCUAAUGAACAUUCAAAAGACCAGCGUGUGUAUAAAAAAAAAAAAAUAAAUUCUGCUGUAUGAAGUUGCACUUGUCCAGGUUCCCGUUUUUACCCAGUGCAAAUUUUUUUUUUUCUUUCUCCUUUUCAUUAAUUAUUUUGGAGGUAUAAUUCCACUGAGACAGAUAUCUGGUGAUGUGGUCCUGUUAACGGCUUUGAUAUUCAAGAACAUAUGACAUUGUGCCUCACUGAUUCGUUUCUCGAAGCGCACUGCCAGUGCUAUCAGUGAACACCUGAACAGCCUCAAUCUCUGUACAUCUUCACCAUAUUUAUACAAUAUCCUCAUUUCUGUUUGUUUUUUUUUUUUUAUUCUCUAUCAAAUAUCUUAAUCUUCUGAUAUUUUUGGGUGUCUACAAAGUCAAGUGAGUGUUUCUGCUGUGCCGGUCGUGAUUUGGAGAAAUCCUAAUGGUCUCACUGUAGUGUUUUCUUUUUUUUUUUUUUUUUUUUUUUUCUCGUUUAAAUUCUUUACUGCCACUUCCUCUCUCUCGACUCAGGCAAUUCUCUUUAACCGUAUAUUUUGCUUGUGUGUUUCUCUUUGUUUGGAUCUCGUUCUGUAUUCCACUUCCUGCUAGAUCACGGUUAUCUCCUAGUGUCGUGCCAUCUAAUGCAUUCUGCCACAAGGCCAAGUGUAAAGCUCGAUUUACUACUGUAAAGCCUGUUCUCUGACCUGAUGAAAACAUGGUGUUUUUUUUUUGUCUGUUUUCUGCUCUAAACGCAAGGCCAGAGUACUGUUACUGUAGCACGGUCUGAUUUUUAACUUCAUCUUCGGUGGCAUCAUCAUUUAUUGCCGCGUGCUCACCAAGCCAAAUUGUUUUCCGUUUUCCCCAUCCCUCUUGAGUUUGUCAUGUUUUAAAAAUCAUAUGGAUUGACAAGCACUUAUUGUAGAUCACUGGUGCAGCUACUCACUUGCUUUUUUUAAAAUGAAAACAUACUUUUGCCAUGAGGCAGAGGUCAAUUUUAAUGACUUUUAUUAAGCAAGAGUAAAUAGAUGAACUGGGGAGGACCAUCUUAUAGUUCCCCUUUUGUUGUCCCUUUUUAUUCCUCAAAUUAUCUCCAGUUUUUUUUUUUUCUUCUGGUUGUUUUUAAUUGAAAGCAACUUGUCUGGUUAUAAUAUUGGAUUGCUGAUGGUGUUGUAGUAAAAAGAUUUUUGUAAAGUGUGAAUAAAUAAUGUAUCACGUUUCCUUUCUUUUGACAUGAAUUGUGUUGAUGUGUGUAUUAUAUCUAAUAGUUUGUCAUUUUUGUUUUGUAAUACUCAAAACCAAAUUUUUUUUGUAAAAAUGUUGGCACACUGAAUUAUAGAUUUAUAUUGUUGCUAACCUUCACUUGGAAAUACUUUUGAGGAAAAAACAAAUGCGUCAAUGAAAUCGUAGAGUCUCACAGAGAAAUAAAGCUGUCAUUUUGUCACCAAACAAUUUCAACUUUGACCCUGAGCUUUAUGUGGCGUUUCACCUCAUUUGAGAGCCAGUUAGUUUAAAGCGUACAAAUAUUUUUGGGUUGUGGUAAGCAUUGCAGACACUUAUUUUUCUCUCUCUCCUUUUUUUUUUUCCUACUUUCGUAGGUGUUUUCUUGCUAUUGAUCUCCAGACAAAAAGUAAGGUUAAAGGUAGAUGAGAUGAAAAGACGUCUUUUUAUAUUAGCAAGUGUUCUUGUUCUCCUUUUGUGUUCUGUGCACUCUUCAGUGUCACUGACCUCUGAAAAACACACUUCUAAUAAAUUGUGCAUGUUUGGAUAUUGUUGCCAUUGCCAUAUCGUUGUUUAGAGGCAUUUAUGUUUCCUUUGGGUCAAAGACAAUGGUUUAAGGUGGUGUCUUGUGCACGACAAGCAAAAACGGCGUAAUGCUAAUCAUGUAAACAUGCUCAACUUGGCAAUAAUGACUCGCAGCCAUGUCACCCCUCCUUUUCAGAUCCACUUGAGCAGAUGUUUCAGGCUUUACCAUAGAAAUGCUUUUCAUUUCCUUUUCCUGUUUCAUAGUUGACUUUUCUCUGUCAGUAGGGGUAGUAGUUCAAUGGUCAGGAUUGUGGUUGAAGCUGAGAGUCAAUAAGUAUUUAGGUAAUGUCACUAUAUAAUGCACUGGACCAACUCUUGUUUACCAUUUAUGGAAUACCAGCAUAACACUUGCACAAUGUAAAAAAAAAAAAAAGUAUAUUCCCGUAUAUAUGUAUGUAUGGGAAAAGAACAUUAGAUAUAUAUAAAAAAUCAAAUAAUGGCAGCUGUUUUUAAUUCAAUAUUAAGUGUUGGGGAUAAAAACCAAAUGGUAAACAAGGCGUUUUGGAUUUCACUGUUUCUCCAGUUCUCUUGGUUCUCUAAGUAGUGAUGUGUUUAUAACAGGGUCAGCUUGUUUCCUUUACACCUAUGUAUUUUUUUUUUUCCUACUCAUUGGUUAAAUAAAUUCUAUAUCUGUUUCA